UUGGAUUUCCAUUUAGGGCAAGUCGGUCAGCUUCGUCUUCGUUUCGGUGUCUAGUCCGUACGACCACUCUCAUUUUCAGUCUCUCUGUAAAAUCCUCCUUCAAUCUCUCAUCCGCCAUUUCUUCUUCAUUCUUCACCUCCAAAACCCUCAUAUUCUUCUCAUUUCAUCUUCAAUUCGAACCCCUUUUACCUCCUGAACAUGGGAUUUCUCCGUUUCUCACAUUUCCAAACCCUAAUUUUCUGAUUCUCUAUUUUCUGUUUCAAUUGUUUGUUAUUUCUUUUUGUUCUUGUGUUUCUUGACCCUGAGAUGGACGGGACUGCUAAUGGCUGUGAUUCUGGAUUGGCUUCCGGGAGUGGAAACUCUCAUCCGACGGUUCCGGCUCCUAUUACUAAUUCUAGCGCGCCUCCACCGUUUCUGAGUAAGACAUAUGAUAUGGUGGAUGACCCGGCUACCGAUGCGGUUGUGUCCUGGAGCCCUACCAAUAAUAGUUUUGUGGUUUGGAAUCCGCCUGAGUUCGCUAGGGAUCUUUUGCCCAAAUACUUCAAGCAUAAUAACUUCUCCAGUUUCGUCAGGCAGCUCAACACUUAUGGAUUCAGGAAAGUUGAUCCAGACCGUUGGGAAUUUGCUAACGAAGGCUUCUUAAGAGGUCAGAAACAUCUGCUUAAGAGUAUUACCCGGCGAAAACCUGUCCAUGGGCAAAGUCAGCAACAACCACAGCAGUCUCACGGACAAAGUUCCUCAGUUGGAGCUUGUGUGGAAGUUGGUAAGUUUGGUUUGGAGGAAGAGGUUGAGAGGCUUAAAAGAGACAAAAAUGUACUCAUGCAGGAACUUGUGAGACUGAGGCAGCAGCAACAGACUACUGACAACCAGCUGCAAACUAUGGUACAGCGUCUACAGGGGAUGGAGCAGCGACAACAGCAGAUGAUGUCAUUCCUUGCCAAGGCUGUGCAGAGCCCUGGCUUUUUGGCUCAGUUUGUGCAGCAGCAAAAUGAAAGUACUAGACGCAUAAGUGAGGCUAAUAAAAAGCGAAGGCUAAAGCAGGAUGGAAUUGCCGAGUCUGAUCAUUCUCCUGUUCCAGAUGGGCAAAUUGUGAAGUAUCAACCUCUCAUGAAUGAGGCAGCAAAAACAAUGCUGAGGCAGAUAAUGAAAGUGGAUACUUCACAUUUGGAACCAUCGAACCACAAUACCGACAAUUUUCUAAUUCGUGAUGGUUUGCAAUCGCAGUGUGCAGCAAUGGACAAUGGGAACUCUUCCAGUUCUGUAUCAGGCGUGACUCUUCAAGAGGUACCUCCAACCUCAUCUUUUAAUUCAGUUGCUUCUGGUGUUCCUCAUGGCCCCUCAACAACCAAAUCAGAAAUCCAAUCGUCACCUCAAGCUACAAAUUCUGACAACAUUUCAGCUUCUCCCUUUGCUCUUAACGCCGUGCGGGGUCCAGGGGCACGAGAAGCUUCUUCCUUAUCAGUUUCUGAGACAGAUGUAAUAAUGCCUGAGCUUUCCCAUUUAUCUGAAAUGGUGUCUGAGAACAUUCUUGAUGUUCCUGAAGUGGAUUAUAGGGUGCCUGAGGCAGGAAAUGGUGCAUUUAUAAGUCCGAAUUUUUUGGAUGCCAACGGAACUAUUCCUAUAGAUAUUGAUAACAUGUCCCCUGAUGCUGACAUCGAUGCCUUGCUAGAUAAUUCCAACUUUUGGGAUGAUUUGCUUGUGCAAAGUCCAUGUCAGGAUGAUGAGGUUGAUUUUCUGGUUGGAGGAGGGUUACCAAAGACAAACGAUAUGCAACUGGCAGAAAAUGCAUGGGACAAAUCUAAACAUGUGGAUAAACUUACAGAACAGAUGGGCCUUCUCACUUCAGAAAUUAAAAGGGUUUGAACUUGAUCGUCAAAUGUAAAUUAGUUUCAAAUGACCGAUUAAGGUUGCCCUUCAAUGGUCGUGGAGAAAAGACUUUUGAUGGAUUAACACCCUCUUUCAUAUCUUUUGUCCACUUUACGAAGCUAUUUGGCUAGAAUAUUGCGGUAAGGUCUGUAAAUACUAUAAGCAAUGAUGUUGACGGUUAUCAUAUUGUCUUCAGAUGAAUUUUAGAUUCUCUCAGCCUCUUGGAUUGAAAGAGAUGGAAUUGAAAGUUAUUGAUAUUACAGGGUUUUGUUACUUUGGAGGCAAUAAUAUCAAUUUCGGUUGGUGCCAAUCCGUUUUAAGAGCUUUUCGAACAGGAUGUUGAUUCCCAGUUAAUUGUUAGCAUCGUACUAAUGGUUGAUUAUAGCAAAUGUUAUUUUUAGUACAUUUUGCCUUUGCA